AUGAAGCUCACCGGGUACCUUGCCAUCGCAGCUGCAGUCGCUGUUGCCGGCAGCUUCGCUGCUCCUAUUGCUGACCAGGCCUCAGCCCUCGAGUCCCGCGCCGCAUCCAGCGCUGUCACCGAACAGACCAUCGACAGCGUUUCCUUUGACAAGCGUUUCGACUCGGCCCUCGGGGCCCGCACCAUUGACCCUGCCGCGCUCUCCGCCGAGAUCCAAGCGAUCCUGGCCAAACUCGGCAAGGACAAGCAAUUGGUCGUCAAGUACCUCUACUGGAUCCGCAACGUAAUCGGCUACAAGAAGAAGCACCUUCUGGAGGAGCUCGAGUCGCUGCUCGAGAAGCACGGUCUCAGUGGUCUUCCCGACUUGGGCGACGGAAAACUGCCCGAUGACAUCGAGGCAAUCUUCAAGGAGAUUGGUGGUGCUAAGAAGGAGAUCAUCAAGUGGCUCUACUGGGUUCGUAACGUGCUGGGCUACAAGAAGAAGAAGCUGCUUCACCAGCUCGAGGAUCGCCUGCACAGCAUUGGCGUCUUAAAGCGUGACUUGGAGCCUCGACAGGAUAUCGGUGCCGCUGUGACCGGUUUCCUCGACAGCAUCAACCACAUUGGCCCCGCCACCCAGGGCGGUAAGAACCCACAGUGGCUUUGGGACAUUAUUCCUGAGACGGUCGAGAACAUUCUCGGCCCCCUCGACGGUAUCAUCUAA